CCUAACUGCUUGGGAGCAAUGGAUGGGAAACACAUAUUCAUCCAGGCCCCUGCAAACUCUGGUUCUCUAUACUUUAAUUAUAAAGGUACAUUCUCCGUUGUAUUGCUGGCCUUAGUUGAUGCAGAUUACCGCUUCCUGGUGGUUGAUGUGGGGAGCUAUGGCAGCAACAGUGAUGGAGGAAUCUUUGCCAAUUCUGUACUGGGAAAGGCACUCAGAAAUGGAACUCUGAAUGUUCCCCCACCAAGUGAACUUCCAGGUGCUCCUGAGCUGGGAAAAGUUAACCAUGUCAUUGUGGCGGAUGAAGCUUUUCCGCUGAAACCAUAUCUCCUCCGGCCAUACCCUGGACGCCGCCUCCCCACAGACAAGAGAAUUUUCAAUUAUCGUUUGUCUCGGGCACGGCGCAUCUCUGAAAAUGUAUUUGGCAUCCUCAGUCAACGCUUCCGGGUUUUCCAAAGAACUUUACAGGUUCAACCAAGUGUUGUUGACAAAGUUGUCAAAGCUGCUUGUGCAUUGUGCAAUUAUUUGCGCCCGAACGGAAAUGACCAGAAUCGUGCCACAGAGGAUGACCAUGAUUGUGAGCAACCACUACAAGGCUUUGAACAUUGUAGGGGGCAGCGGGCAUCUGUGGAGGCCCAAAAUGUCCGAGAACUGUACAAAGAGUACUUCAACUCACCAGCAGGAGAAGUUGCUUGGCAGUAUGACCAUGUGAACCAUGCUCUGGGGAACAGAUAAUAUCAACCUAUAAAUUUGAGCCAUUUUAAUUACAUUUUCCAUUGUGAAAACUGCUAGUGUAUGUGUAUAUAUACAAUUUCUGUGAACUUGAAUACACUAUCAAAUCUAUUGCAUCUGAUUCUUCAUUAAUUAAUAUGGCAGCACUCACCACAGCAAAUUAAAUAUUUUUGAUAUAACAUGUUCUAUCAAAGUUAAAGCAUAGUUUUUUUUGCAAAAAGUAAAGUAUUUGGUCACUUCAACAUAUACUUAUUUACAACUAAAUGUAAGUUGUAUUUUUGAAAAUGUGUAUUUUUAAUAAACAUUUUUACUAGCAUUUUCUUUAAAAUGUUCUCAUUCCCUGCACAAUGCUGUGCCCAAAAUGGUUAUGUUCCUGUAGAUUGAUAACUGUUGCCUAUAAAUGCAGUGACUCCAUAAUUAGGCACAUAGCUAUUUCAAUAAGAGGUCAAGAAUACUUAUGUACAAAUAUAUGCCAAAUCCCAAAAUAUGUUACAUUACUUUCAAGUCACUUAUGCACAAUUU